CGACACUUGAACUAAAAUAAUAUUAUAUUAUACUAUCGUGGGCUUAAUACUAAACACAGCCAUAAUACGGCGGAUUAUCUAAUAUCUUGUGUACACGGAACUUGACGUUAAGGACAAUAAAAAUGACUUCUAAAUCUAUCAAAUUCAAGUACACUUUGCUGGUGACAUUAGCGUUCACCGGCUGCACGUUAGCUCGACCCGAGGUUCCGACGUCUGCGGUGUCAAAGUCGGCGGCGGAGUCAACACUAUCGGCGGGAAAUGUGCAGCAGAUCCAAUCGACGCUCAAAGAAGCCCUUCCGCUGUACAGGAUGGCCAUGAAGUCGGCGCACAAGGAACAUGGCCACGGGAAACUGUCGAUCGUCCAUCUGAUACUAAUCAUCGGAAAAGUGCUCGCGCCGCUCGUGGGCGCCAUCAUCGAACCGCUGCUCGUCAACGUGGCUAAAGGCAUCACAUGGGCGAUUACGUACUCGUUGGCAACUGGAUUCGACAAGCCGCCCAGUUACGAACACUUCGUACCGGCGCUGGAACACCACGGCGGUGGCGAUGACGAUGACGACGAUGGCGCGGAAUACGAAUCACACAAGCCGGUCAGUUAUUCGCUGAAAGAGCUCCCUGGACUGGCGCUACAGCUGACCAGCACCGUGAUGGCCGAGUCCGGAGCGGCUCAACCGGCACAGCAAGUCGAGGCCAUGGAAAAGGCUGAAAGGAAGCUUGCGGGCCUGCUGUUGCGGGACAAUAAACCACCGGCGACACAGUGAUCGUUGGCGACCCAUCACUCGUAUAUAGAUAUUUUUGUCGCAUCAUAAUAUUAUUAUAUUAAGUAAACAUCGUAAAUCACGACGAAAAUGUUUCAACAGUCCGUCGUCCGUCAUAUUUAAACCGAAUAAACUUCGAGUCUGUGUACACCAUGGAAAAUAUAUUUUAUAGUUUCGUUUUUUUUUUCGCUGACUAACGCUAAUACCCGGUACCUGAUUUAGUGGAGGUACGAUGCACCGAGGACUUGUGUUGUCCUAGGUUCUUAACUUUGUUAAUUGAUAAACUGAUACAUUAUCAAGAAAAUAAAUACCUAUUUUAAGAGA